AGCAUCAGAUCGAGUAGCAUUGCAGACAUGGACUUUUGAAAGUUAUCAUAAUUAUAACGUAAUAUUGAGGCGUAAACUUAAAAAGUUGAUUUCUGAUUUUAUUAAAAAGUACAGAUUAACUAAGGUAAAGCAGCCAACGGUACAACAAGUUACAUUUAAUCUUUUUGUUCAAGAAAAUCUUUUGAAUAAAGAGGUGAUUGAUGCUGUCAAGGAUUUAAAUAAUAUAACAGUUGAUAUGAAGAUAUUUGCAGCCGAUAGGAGAGAUGUCUUGCAAAAAUUGGAUAUUAGAACACUGCUUAAUUUAAACUAA